GCCGUCGUCAUGGAAUAUUUGAAACAGUCUCUUUUGCAUGACGGAAACUGCACAAGAACCAUUCCUCUCGAUCUCCUCGUCGAGAUAUUCCUUCUACUUCCUACCAAAUCACUUAUUCGAUUCCAAUCGGUGUCAAAGCUGUGGUUCUAUGCCAUCCGCAGCAAAAUUUUCGUAGACUUGAUCUUGACUAGGUCAAAGGCUCGUCCCCGUCUCCUUUUAUCCUUGGGAGGCCAUGGAUCCAAAGAGGGUUUCAUCUUCUCGGCUCCUGAACAUGACAACAACGACGAUGAAAAAUCCUCUACAGUCAUGGCCAGAUACCACAUGAACAACUUGGAACCUGGCUACUUCUUGGACUCUGGUUCUGUCAACGGUUUCUUCUUAGGUGUUGUUCCUGGGAUCUGCGUUUGUAAUCCGAUCAACGUUUAUAAUCCCACCACUGGACAAAUUGUGAAAUUGCCUGAAGUUAGAACCAACGGAAGAAAAAUGUACGCACGUCUUGGGUACGAUCCAGUGGACGAUCAAUACAAGGUGUUGUGUGUGGUGAUGGCCCGCUCUAAAGCGAAAUGUUGGCAACCGGAGCAUUUGGUUUGCACUGUGAGUAGUUCAUCUCAGAAACAAGAGUGGAGAAAGAUCGAGAACACAACCGGAGGCAACUAUCACUCUGUAUACGGAGAGACAUGCAUUGAUGGUGCGCUAUACUACGGAGCUGGAAAGUCAAGAAUAGUCAAGUUCAACGUUAGAUCAGAGAAGAUUGAGUUUAUUAAAACACCCCAAGAGUCCCAGAUCUCGACAACAUACCACCAUUCCACUCUUAUAAAUUACAAGGGAAAAUUGGGCGGUGUAGAUUAUCAUUGCACAGAAAAUUCGAUGACAUUGUGGGUUCUUGAGGAUGCGGAGAAACAGGAAUGGUCGAGUAUGACGUGUGACUUACCUUCUACGUGGAAAGAUUUACUUGGGUUUUACGUAAGGUCCAAAGGAGUGAGUCAUACAGGCGAGCUUAUGGUGUUCUAUCCAGGGGUAAAGCCACCUAAACCAUUUUCUGUUUGCUAUUAUGAUUUUAACAAAAUGAGUAUAAGAAAAGUAGAGAUCCAAGGAAUGGUGGAUGGUGAUUUCAGACGUAUCCAUGGGAUCGGUGAGCAAACUGAUAUGAGUAUAUUAUAUUUUACAAGUCACAUUGAGAAUAUUAGGUUCUUGUAAUGUUUUUUUUUUGUAAUAACU